GCCUCUGGGCCGGUGAAUCAUCCCGGCAGACACCGAGAGCCGCGGCAGCAGAAAGCAGCGCUGAAAAAUGGCUGAAGCGGGCACGGGCUUUCUGGAGCAGCUCAAGUCCUGCAUAGUUUGGUCUUGGACUUAUCUCUGGACCGUGUGGUUCUUCAUCGUGCUCUUCCUGGUCUACAUCCUGCGGGUGCCCUUGAAAAUCAACGACAACUUGAGCACAGUGAGCAUGUUUUUGAACACAUUAACACCGAAGUUCUACGUGGCCCUGACAGGCACUUCCUCACUAAUAUCAGGGCUCAUUUUGAUAUUUGAAUGGUGGUAUUUUCGCAAGUAUGGAACGUCAUUCAUUGAACAAGUCUCAGUAAGCCACUUGCGCCCCCUCCUGGGAGGGGUUGACAACAACUCCUCCAACAAUUCUAACUCCAGCAAUGGGGACUCAGAUUCCAACAGGCAAAGUGUCUCAGAAUGUAAAGUAUGGCGAAAUCCACUAAAUUUAUUUAGGGGUGCUGAAUAUAAUCGGUAUACUUGGGUGACAGGACGAGAGCCUUUGACUUACUAUGACAUGAAUCUCUCUGCCCAAGACCACCAGACAUUCUUUACUUGUGACUCAGACCACCUGCGUCCUGCAGAUGCAAUAAUGCAGAAAGCCUGGAGAGAGAGAAACCCCCAAGCUAGAAUUUCUGCAGCUCAUGAAGCCUUAGAGAUAAACGAAAUUAGGUCCAGAGUUGAAGUUCCCCUAAUUGCUUCCUCUACCAUCUGGGAGAUAAAAUUGUUACCAAAGUGUGCGACUGCUUACAUUCUCUUGGCUGAAGAGGAAGCAACCACCAUUGCAGAAGCAGAAAAGCUGUUCAAGCAGGCCCUGAAGGCUGGAGAUGGCUGUUAUCGGCGUUCUCAGCAGCUACAGCAUCACGGAUCUCAGUACGAAGCCCAACACAGACGAGAUACCAAUGUCUUGGUCUACAUCAAAAGAAGGCUAGCAAUGUGUGCCAGAAGACUCGGGAGGACCAGGGAAGCAGUGAAAAUGAUGAGAGAUUUAAUGAAGGAGUUCCCCUUACUGAGCAUGUUCAACAUCCAUGAAAACCUUUUAGAAGCUCUUCUAGAACUACAAGCAUAUGCUGAUGUUCAGGCAGUCUUAGCAAAGUAUGAUGAUAUAAGCUUACCAAAGUCGGCCACAAUAUGCUAUACAGCUGCCUUGCUCAAAGCAAGAGCUGUCUCUGACAAAUUCUCUCCCGAGGCUGCAUCUCGGCGGGGGCUGAGCACAGCAGAGAUGAAUGCAGUAGAGGCCAUUCAUAGAGCUGUGGAAUUCAAUCCUCACGUGCCAAAAUACCUACUAGAAAUGAAAAGCUUAAUCCUCCCCCCAGAACAUAUCCUGAAGCGAGGGGACAGUGAAGCAAUAGCAUAUGCGUUCUUUCAUCUGGCACACUGGAAGAGGGUGGAAGGGGCUUUGAAUCUUUUGCAUUGUACGUGGGAAGGCACUUUUCGGAUGAUCCCUUAUCCCUUGGAAAAAGGGCAUCUAUUUUAUCCGUACCCAAUCUGUACAGAAACAGCAGACCGAGAGCUGCUUCCGUCUUUCCAUGAAGUCUCAGUUUACCCGAAGAAGGAGCUUCCCUUCUUCAUUCUCUUCACUGCCGGACUGUGUUCCUUCACAGCCAUGCUGGCCCUCCUGACACAUCAGUUCCCGGAGCUUAUGGGGGUCUUCGCAAAAGCUAUGAUUGACAUUUUCUGCUCGGCAGAGCUCAGGGACUGGAAUUGCCAGAGUAUUUUCAUGCGUGUUGAAGAUGAACUGGAAAUCCCACCGGCACCUCAAUCUCAACAUUUCCAAAACUGAACUCAUCACCCUCCUUCCCCCACCACCCAAAGCACCCCUCCUGUAUUCCUGACCUCUGCCAUGGCACUGCCAUCCAUACGGUUACUCAAGCCAGAAACGGAGCAGCCCUCCCGAGCUCCUCUCCCUCACUCCCCACAUCCCACCUGUCUCGGCCUCCACAGUGUGUCGGGUCUAACCUCCUAAGCCACUGGGCAUUCAGUAAAUGUAAUUCACCUCUUCUUCCCCUCUUUCUCUCCCCAUGGCCCCUCUCUCUUAGUUUAGGUCUUGUUUUUCAUGCUUGUACUCCUCUGCAAGAGUCUUAACUGGUCUCCUGGCUUCCAGGUUCAUCCCUUGCCAGGCCUUUGCUCACACUGACAUAAGAAUGAUCCUCCCAAAUUGCAAGUCUGAGCAUGGCGCUUCCCUGCUUGAAUUUCUCCAGAGGUUUCCCACCAAUUUCAGGAUAAAGCCUCAGCUCUUUAGCAUGGUAUGCAAGGUCCUUUAUGAUCUAGCCUUGCUUGCCUCUUCAGCCUCAUCUCUCCCAACUCUUGCACAGACUCUUUUAGUCCGUAGUGAAUUACUCACCACUCCCAGAUGCACAGGGUCUUAUACAGCCCAGUGCCUUUGCACAUGCUGUUUGCUCUGCAUGGAAUGCCCUUCCCCAUCACCACCCCAGCUUGUCCACUCUACUAACUUCUCUUAAUUCUUUUAUACUCAGCUUUCUUUCUGAGCUUCUCCUAAGCUGAAUUAGAGUUCUCUCCUCUUUUAUCCCAUAGUAUUCCAUGAAUACCUAUAUUAUCACAUUUAUUGUACUAAAAUUGUUGAAAACUUGUCUGUCCCCCAUUUAGAAUGUGAGCUCCUUGAGAGCAGGGCUGUGUCUUCCUCAUCUCUGUAUCCCCAAAGCUUUGCACAGUGCCUUGCACAUAGUAGGUUUUCAAUAAAUGAUUCUUAAAUAAAUAAAUGGUAGUGGUUUCUGCAGAAAGAAUCAAUGUAAAAAUCAGAUAUAGUUUAGCAUUUCUCCUCUUCUUUUGUAAUUAUGAUCAUGGACUCUUAGAGUUGAAAGGGACCUUAAACAAAUUGCCUUCAACAGUAAGGUGAUAGAGGUCAUCUAGACUCUUCUUGAAUACUCUCAGUGAUGGGGAACUCACCUACUUAACAUCAAAGCCCAUUUCAUUGUUGGAUCACUUAGCAAUUUUCUUUACACAAUGAAAUCUGCCUCCCUCCUAUAUGCACCUGUUGUUCCUGUUCUGCCCUCCAACACUAUACUCAGUAAGUCUCUUCCUUCUUGCAAAUUCCCAUGACAGCUAGUAUAUUCACAGCCACCUCCAACCUCUAACUGAUUAAUGGUAGAACAUCUCAAAUUUCCUUAAGUCUUCUGUAUAUACCAUGAUUUUUAAACCCAGGAUCCCCCAUGCUGGAUGCUCCCUAGUUUAGGGACCUCUGCUAUUCAUUAUUAUACCCUCGAGCCAGCCUCUGAGUAAAAAUAGUUGCCAAAAUUCUGAGUAGACUAGAGUUUAACUUAGUAAAACAUAAAACAGGAAUAUAUUUACAACAUUAGACAAUUCUUCUUCCUUUCAAUGUUCCUCUCAAACAUUUUUUAAAGCAUUUUUUUGUCCAAAUAUGUCAUUUUCCCAGUACUCUGCAUUAAACAAGCAAAUAGCACUUUGUGGGAGUUUUGGAUGAGAACAGACCCUUACUGUACAUAAAAUUCAUUUGGCCCCACCCCCAGAAAUUCAGAAUCUUGAGUGUUAGCACCCAGAGGUCUGUGUUUCUUUCUUUCUUUCUUUUUAAGAUUUUAUUUAUUUAUUUGACAGACAGAGAUCACAGGUAGGCAGAGA